AUGGGAUCAGAAGACAAAGCUGCCACCAUGUUUAAUACCACAUUUGUUCGGCCUGAAAAAUUCUAUCUCAGUGGGUUUUCCAACAUCCCUCAUAUUAGGUAUUACUAUGUCUUCCUCUGUUUUGUCUACAUCAUGACUGUUUUGGGGAAUGGCUUUCUUCUCUCAGUUAUUAGUCUGGCGAAAACUCUUCAUACUCCUAAAUACAUGAUUGUGUUCAACAUGGCUUUGACAGAUUUGUGUGCGAGCACAGCACUUAUACCAAAACUCUUAGACACAUUUCUGUUUGAAAGAAGAUACAUCGUCUAUGAGGCUUGUUUAAGUUACAUGUUCUUUGUUUUGUUCUUUACAAGUGUGCAGUCAUGGACUCUUGUCACUAUGGCAUAUGACAGACUGAUAGCAAUUUGCUUCCCUUUACGGUACCAUAGUUUUGUGACUGAAACAUCAAUUACUGCAAUCCUGCUUUUUGUAUGGAUUUUUUUGGUGAGUGUAAUAGCUACCAUGGUUGGUCUUCUUAAUCGUCUCUCAUUCUGUAACUCUUUGGUGGUUAACAGCUUAUUUUGUGAUCAUGGACCAGUGUAUCGUCUUGCUUGUAAUGAUACAUCUUUAAAUUACAACAUGGCAGCUGUCCUUAUCAUUUUACUUAUCAUCAUUCCUGUUAUAUUCAUAGUAAUCACAUAUGUUUGUAUCUCCGUAGCACUGAGCAGGACUACAUCAAGAGAGGAACGACUCAGAGCAUUAAAAACUUGUACUUCUCACCUGAUCCUUGUUGCUAUUUUCUUCCUACCAUGGAUAGGUACAAAUAUAGUUGCGUGGGCCUCCUACAUCCAUCCUAAUGCCAGAAUGAUAAAUUCCACAUUGACACACACCAUACCAGCUUUACUUAAUCCUAUCAUUUAUGCUUUAAAGACAGAAGAAGUGAUAAAUGCAAUUAAAAAGCUUUGCAAAAGAAAUCUUCUCGGUAUCAUGAGAACAAAAAGGAGAACUUGUUAUCACUGCUGUAUUAAAUAA